CCGCAGCCUCCCGCUGUGCCGUACGGCGCGUCGUCGGCUGCUCCGUCCGCGUCGACUAUGGCAGCGCUGCCCGGUGCCGCGGCCCCCCGGCUGCUCCUCAUCCCCGGAGAAACGGCCGAGCCCGCCGGCCCCUUGGUCAGCCGGCAACUUUCCGUUGUCCUGCCGGCAGGAGCCGCCUCGGGCCCCGAGGCCCCACAGCCAGCCCGUAAGCGGCAGCGGCUCACCCAUCUGAGCCCCGAGGAGAAGGCGCUGCGCAGGAAGCUGAAGAACCGCGUGGCGGCUCAGAGCGCCCGGGACAGGAAGAAGGCGCGGAUGACGGAACUGGAGCAGCAGGUGGUGGAGCUGGAGGAGGAGAACCAGAAGCUGUUGCUGGAAAACCGGCUUCUGCGGGAGAAGACGUGUGAACUUGCCCACGAGAACCAGGAGCUUCGCUGCCGCCUCGGUUUAGAUGCUCUAAAGACAGAGGAGGAAAGUGAGAUCAAGGUGGAGAAGGAAUCGCAGGUGGAUGAGAUUGGAUUGGUGACCGGGUCCGCUGAGUCCGCAGCACUCAGACUAUGUGUUCCUCUGCAGCAGGUGCAGGCCCAGCAGUCACCAUUUCUGAUAACUUCCAUGUGGAUUCUGAUGGCAGUGACUCUUCAGACUCAGAGUCUGAUCUCCUGUUGGGCUUUCUGGACAGUCUGGACCCAGACAUGUUUCUUAAGUAUGCUGAUUCAGAAUCAAUGUGCCUGGAAAAGCUGGAGGAAGAGAUCGGUGGAGAAACAAAUUCCAUACCAUCCCCCUCCCCUCCCUCUUUGGGGUCCCCAUCAGCUAAGCUGGAGGCCAUUAAUGAACUGAUAAGGUUUGACCAUGUGUACACAAAGCCCCUAAUACUGGAGAUCCCUGUUAAAAGGGGUAACCAAACCAAUAUGGUAGUGAAAAUU